GAGCUGUGCAAGCUACAGGAGCAAACUCUCGACCCACUACAGCCGUCCCAGCACGCGCAUUCCGUACUGUCUGUCUAGGACCCGCGCAAUCUGUGUUACGCAGUCGGCGAGUCGAUAUCGGGAGUCCUGUCCCUGCCCGCAUCUCAUUCCACAGCCUCCACCUUCAUGGACAGGUAGCGCUCGACGAUACCAAUGGAGGCAUAUCCAGCAGCAUACGUGCAGCACAACCUUCCUUUCAUUGUUCUAUCUGGUCUGGGAUCCCAAAAUGAGCUCGAAUCGCCACCCCCCGUCCACGAUGUGCUCCCAGGGAGGGGUGCUGUUAAGACCAGCUCAGAGAUACCUUCAGUGACGGGAGAGCGCGCAGACCAGCUGUUGCAAGACUUCCUGAGUGCCGAUGGCAGUGAUGCGCCAUGGAACGCACGAGGAUUAGGUCGCAAGGAAUUAGCGCAUGGAUUCAAGAUCAGGGCUAUAGGGAGGAACUAUGUGCUGCCCCCGAAGAAAGCCGAUGCGCCCUCGACCUCAGAGACUACUCCGCCUGGCAGUCCCACGAUCGCUGCCGCCACAUCGUGGAUCCUUCAUUCGCCCAUCUCUCCUCUAUCGCCAGGAGCCUCGAUCUUCCCUGACGGUGUCAUCGCACCUACCUGGGUUGCGAAGCACCAGGACUACAUACCUUCUGUCUUUAUAUCGUUCUUCGACUUUACCACCGACCCUAUUACCAACAGCCUGCACGAUAACCAGCUGAAGACGGAGAUCAACAAGAUCAAGGGUCAGAUACAGAAAUCUGAGUACCGCACAAGAUAUGUCGUUGUACUGCUGAGUAACAAGACGAUUCUGGAGGCUCCGGAUAUCGAGGAGCGGCUGGCUGUUAUUCGACGCGCGACGGGUCUUGACCCUAAGAACUCGUUGUUCUUUCUCCCGCCAAAUACAUCGCAGGUCGAACUACGAGCAUUUGUCACAACUGUACUCACUACAUUGCACCCUAUUUGCGUAGAGUACUAUCGAGAUCUGACGAAGCAUGCACGAAGGAAGAAGGGCAGAGGCUCUGUCCCUCCUCCAACGGCACCACCAACCCGCGGCACGUCACAAACUCUGUCUUAUCCUGGUUGGGGCGUGCGCUAUGAUUUCAAGCUGGGUGUCUUUGCAGAGUUCAGACAGGAGAUGGAUGCCGCGCAGAGGCAUUACAAUGCUGCCCUCGAUGCCCUCUUCGGCCCAGAGGGCAUCUUUGAGACAACAGCAAGCUGGUCACCCAGGUGGGACGAGAUUCGCCUGUUGGCCGACACAAUUGCCUUUCGAUACAUCCGCUGUCAGUUAUGGAAUUAUCAAUUAACCUCGGCAGCCCAAACAUGGCUAAAAUACAAGGCGAGACUUCAAGAUGUCCUCGAUCGCAGAAGUAAAGGAACUUCAAACUAUGGGUGGCAGGCCUGGGAGUCGAGAUGGGCCCAGAUGAUGGCGCAGCUCAUUCAACGAACAGAAUUGCCCGUCUUUCGUGCAGAUGGUGAUGCUUCAAAUGAAGAUACAGGGUUGAUCUAUGCACCGCCAGAGAAGCAGUUUCUUCUGGGAGAACGGAUUCCACCCUGGGAAUUACUUCACCAUGCAGGGUAUUGGCACAAGUUGUCUGCAGACCAUGCAAAGAAGCGGUAUGUCUUAGCGCGUGAGAUGGCUGAAGAAGACCGAACUCCUCCUGGUAUGUCACCUGCGACAAAAGUUUCAACGCGCAACCAGGUGUAUGACCACUUCCUGGUCCCACAGCCUCACGAAGAGCUGCCCCUACCAAACAGUGGCGGCGAAGGCUUUCAGCACUGGGACGAUAUCACUUCUAAACUGAAUGCCGCUAUCAAAGACUUCAAAACUCGCGGACAGCAUCGUAAAGUGGAGCAGCUGCAGUUGGAGGUCGCCAGGACUCUGUUGCACGUCAAGAAAUUCGAUCAUGCAUUUAGAGUGCUGCGGCCUUUAUGGGCUUCGAUGUCUUGGAGAAGAGAAGGCUGGUGGAUCCUUGCUUCAGAGGUUCUUUGGGCCCUCCAUGAGUGUGCGUUACGUGUCCAAGACAAGGAGACAUACAUUGCCACUGAGUGGGAGCUGUUCGAUCAAGCUGUGAUCGGCAAAAGUCGGUACAAGUACGAUCUUAUGUCAUGUCUGGACGCUUUUCCUAGCGGACCAUCUUCCGAGAAGGUUACCGUCAGUCUCGAUACCAAGGACUAUCUCUCUUGCUUGUCUGUACAUCUCGCUCUGCUUGGUAGCGAAGGUAACAUAGGCGAGCCUCUUCGGUCGCAAAUCAUUGUCACUUCCACAGCACGACCAGGCUCUGCUCCCAUUACGCUAUCAUCUCUGUAUGUGCAGUUCAAGGGUGGCCUCAACGAAGUGCGCCUGAAUCAUGUCACCGAUGAGGGUGCAUCGUCUGAUUUCUUUGACUGCACUUUGCAAGAGAGCUCUGCGCCACCGGAGAAGCCGAAGUGGACCGGCUCAUUGGACUUAACGCUGAAACCUGGUCAGACCAAGGUGUUCAACUUUCCCCUCAUUUUUCGCGAAGCGGGUGACGUCGAGGCAACAGCUUAUGUGUUUGAGAUUGACACAGACCGGUUCAAUCUGAUAUGCUCGAAUAAUAACCUUCAGACAGAGCCUCAUUCAAACUGGUGGAUCAAGGCCGAGUCUGGGGUAAGACCACGCAAAGUGAAACGACUGUCCGGCAUCACAACACAUAUCUUGCCAAAACCACCGAAAAUGGAGAUUAGACUGCCAGACGUACGUGAGCAGUAUUUCACAGAUGAGCCUGUUACACUAGCGAUAGAGAUUUCAAACCAGGAAGAGGAAGAGACAGAAGCUGUGCUUGAAGUACGGCUAUUGGGUCGCUCCAAAGACACACUGGCUUACACCUGGGUCGAUCGUCCAGCGUCCUCGCCCAUGAAAGAAAUUCCGCCGGUGCUCGAUGGAUCAACAGACGUUGACCUGCCGGGCCAUGUCGUUGGCAGACUUUCACAAGGCGCCAAAACAACCGAAAAGAUACGCUUCACUGCCCCUGCAGAUCCAGCAGACUAUGCUCUGGAGGUGAAAGUUCUCUACCAUCUUCUCAGCGACCGCGAGACGCCCAUCUCGAAAAUCAUGAUCGCUGAUCUGGUCUUCAACUCUCCUUUCGAAGCUAGUUACGACCUGAAUGCUCGUGUGCAUCCUGAUGCUUGGCCCAGCUAUUUCGAGCUGCAAGAAGCUGAGAGCAAUCACAAUGCUGAGUCCACAGAUGCCUUCGGUAUCGCCCAGAAAUGGGGAUUGCGCGCCAAGGUUGCCUCGUUUGCAGAUGAACCGCUCAUUGUAAAAGACCUCGUAGUCGAGGUGCACAGCAUCCACGGCGGCGCAACAUGUGACGUUGUCAAGGAGUCUGCACCCACCGAUACAUCCAUGAACCUUCAAGAGUUACACAACUGGACGUUCAGCCUCGAUAUCCGCAAGAACAAUCUCGAGGAGCGCCGCUCUACAGCCCUCGACACAACGCUGAACAUCACAUGGCAGCGUACAUCGUCUCCAGAUACUGACCCUGUAGUAUCGUCUCUGCCUAUACCUCGCAUCCAAAUUCCUUCGAGUGAACCUCGCGUUCUUGCAUCCUCACAAGUCUCCACUACCGUCCCAGACAUCCUGCACAUGGACUACACGCUCGAGAACCCGACGAUGCACUUUUUGACGUUCGAGUUCAACAUGGAAGCCAGUGAGGAGUUCGGCUUCAGCGGCCCAAAGCUCAAAGUCGUGCAUUUGCUGCCCAUGAGCAGGCAGACUGUGCGCUACAACAUCCUGCCGGCGGAGAAGGGCGUCUGGAUCUCGCCGAACCUGAAGGUCAUCGAUAGAUACUUCAACAAGACGCUACGCGUGCAGGCCACGGAAGGACUGAAGCAGGACAAGGGCAAAGUGGAAGUCUGGGUCCCUGGAGACGAUGGAAAGGGCGCGCAGGACUAGACCCUGUAGAGCAAGCAGACUACAAUUCCAAGGCACGAUAUUCCAGUCGCCUUCGCGCUACGACUGGCGUUCAACAUCAGAUUAGUAGCGUGACUGACUUGUGAAGACGCUGUUCCUGCUGUGCAACGUUCAAAGAUAGGAGUCUCAUGACCUACCCAACAUCAGCGAAUAAACAAUGCCAACGUGUGAGCAGUGCCCACAAGCCAACC